AUGGGCUGUGUCCUAAAAAUCCCCUACAAGCCAGAAUCUCAGUGGCCCAAAGUCCUCGAAAUGGCAUUGACUAACGGCCAAGACCAAUGGCCUAAGGAAGACAUUGUGAUGUUACUGGACCUCCUGAAGAAUAAUCUGCCAUCCAAUGACAAACACUCAUUCAAAACAACCCAGUCACAUAUGGACUGGGGAAAAGUAGCUUUUAAAGGUUAUUCUGGAGAAAUGUGCAAACUCAAGUGGUUAGAGAUUUCUAGGAAGAUAAGAAAGUAUCGGACUUUGACAGAAUUAGUCCUGGACGCUAAGGAACAUGUUAAAAAUUCUAACAAAAGAAGAAAACUCAAGAAACAUCCAGACAUGCCCAAGCAGCCCCUGACUCCUUACCUUCGCUUCUUCAAGGAGAAUCGGCUUGAGUAUUCCCAAAUGCACCCCAAACUCAAGAACCAGGAACUGACUAAGGUCAUGUCUGAGAAAUACAAGGAGCUCCCAGAGAAGAGGAAGCUGAAAUAUAUUGAAGAUUUCCAGAAGGAGAAAAAGGAGUUUCAGGAGAAACUGGCUCAGUUCAAGAAAGACCACCCUGAACUAGUGCAGAACUCCAAGACAUCUGUUGUCCCCAAAGGGAGCCGAAGCAGAGCCCCCAAGAAAUUUCAGAGAAAUAGGAAAAAAGUGAAGACUUCCCCAAAAACCUAUUUUUCUAAGUUUAAAUUCCGUGGAGAGCCCAAGAAGCCCCCCAUGAACGAAUUCCAGAAGUUCCACCAGGAUUUGUGGUCCAGUAGGGAGCUGAAAGUCCUGCCCCUAAGGGAGCGCAUGAUAGAAAUUUGUAGACGCUGGCAGCACAUCCCAAGGAGCCAGAGGGAGCAUUAUAAGCAGCAGGCUGAGGAGCUGCAGAAACAGUACAAGGUGGACCUGGAGCACUGGCUCGAGAGUCUGUCUCCUGAAGAGUACGCUGCCUACAGAGAGAGAGCCUCUGGGAAGCGUAAGAUCAUGAACAUGCGUGGAGGCCCGGGACCGAAGAACAUCAGGACACGUGUGCAGUCUCCAUCAGCAAGGACUCGGCAAGAAGGGCUUGCACAGGAGCAGGGGCUGCAGGCUCCCAGGAUGGCAUCAUCCAAGACAAAUGGGGACCAUUUUCAUGCCUCACGGAGAUCUGAAGGAAAGAAGGAGCACGAGGAAAAGGCAGAAAGCAGCAGUGCCUCAGACUCCAGCAAGAGCGAUGAAGAUGACAGCAGCUGCAGCUCAUCUUCCUCAGGGGACACCUCUGACUCAGACUCCAACUGA